UAAAACUAUACACACAACGAACAACGUGAGUGUGGGAUGAGUGAGUGAGACAAGCCGGCACUUGAGUGUGAGUACUCACACGAGACACGUGAGUGGAAUGGAUUUAAUGUUGUUGGUAAAUCAUCAAGGGACGCAACCUAUGUCGGAGUUUAAUUACUAGUAAAGGGACGCUAUCCAUGUUGUUAAGCCACUCUUCAACGGACGCCAUCCCGUGCCUCACUACAACAAAUGCCCAAGGGCCGCAACCACCUGUAUCGGAUUGUAAUUACUAAGGGAAGCUACCCAUGUUGGAUUGCGAUAUCUCCUCAAGGGGCAGGCACCUAUGUCGGGAAAAUCUGGACAUGUCAGCGACCAGUUCCUGGCAAAUUUGGAACCCUACCACUUGCAUUUAUCGUCUGCUAAUGUUCAGAACUCACGUCUGCUCCCUCGUCUGACGUCACCAUGUCACGCAGAAAACAGUCGAACCCCAAACCGCUAAAACACGAUGAGAGCGACGAAGAAAGUGGCGCCCUGAGCCAUGAGAUGACUGCCGGAAGUGACGUCGACCCCGGCGCGAGGGAAGAUGACGUAGACAGUUCCGGCUGUCCAGAGGAGGGGGAAACCGACUGGGCUCAAACUUCCGUCACGGGGCAGCAAACUCCAAAUCUAGAACCGGAAGUAGAUGCUCAACAAAAUGGCGAAGACCCCGGGGUUGACUCCCAGCAUUCUGAUGCUUCUUCUGACGCCAACUUCGGCACUCACCAUUGUGACGUCGACGAUUCGCAAAUCGCAAGACGCAGCCCCUUGACUACUGUCUUUCCGGAACUAGUUAACCAAUCAAAACAUGACAUUGAAACAGACAAGCCAAUCGCGCCGCUGAUAAAAUCGGAGCCUCCUCCCAGCCCCGAGCAUGGCGGGGUGUCGAGUUCUUCCGACGUCCCCAGGAGCAACGCCCCGGCUUCGCUGUACACCCCCAAAAUCAAAAGACGAAACAGGUCCCGGUCCCGAUCGCGAUCCAAAUCCGGCGGCGUCUCCAGCUCGCCGGAAGCGUCGACUGCGUCAGCGGCGUUUCAAUCCCGCGAGGAGGCGGAGCUGGCGUUAGUCAACCAGCUGCAGCUGCCCAGCGACGUGCUGUACCUGAGGGAGCAGGACAUCAACAUCCACGGCACCCCCAGCGUCGGAUGGGUCGUCUGCUGCGCCAUCCCCCUCCCGCAGGGCUCUUCGCUGGGGCCGUUCCAAGGUCAACUCGUCCCGCCGGAAGCCGUCAAGGUCGGGGAUCUGAUUGUGCAGUUCACCAACAAGAAAGGCCAGCAGGCUUUAAUGAACGUUGCCGGACAGUCCGGCGGAUGGCUGGCACUGCUCCGGUCGGCCGGCAUUGCCGCAGACCGGAACACGCACGUGUACUGGGAAGGGGGUAGGAUCUGGUGUGAGGUUGUCACCGACAUCGACAUCGGCACGGAGCUGCGGGCGUCCUUCACCUUCCAAAGCGAGGACGAGUGUGACGACACGGAGGGGGACGAGGAGCCCGCCGUCACGGUCAAAGAGGAGGUGAGCCCGGGGGUAGAGGGCGCCCUGAGCCACCAGGCGCUCCAACAGCCGGCAGCCACUGGACAUGCUGCCCUCAUCUACGGCUGUCCAUUCUGUGGUGUCCGGUUCUCCAGUCCCAGGACUCUACAGGGCCACUUGAGUUUUUAUUGUUCCAAGAAAACCUCGGAGCAGAUGGUCACACCGACAACCAAGGACAAGGAUUCAAAGGGAAGCGACUCAAGUAAAGCAUCUAGCGAAACUUCAAAGGUUGGAGGUGAUCCUGAGACACAGGCGCAGAAAGCCGAGUCUAAAAGUCUAGACAACAACGCCUCGGACCAAUCCUCUCAAGAAAAAACUGGAGUCAAUGGCCAGGUUUUCAAAUGCAAACACUGCAACUACAAGGCUUACAAACUGAGCAGCCUUAACCGGCACAUGCGCAUGCACAACAACGACAAGAUGAAAGCGGCCAGCAGCUUCAGCCAGGAGACGGCACUGACCGUGGUCAAGUCGCCCGCGCUGGAGACCUUCUGCAAGGAGUGCAGGAUCCAGUUCUCCAGCCUCCACACCUACCGCUGCCACAAAGAGCACUACUGCGCCCAGAGGAGGAAAAAAGCCCUGGCCAACCCGUCAGCGUUCGCCGCCAUGUUUCAUUCGCCAUUUUCUUUUUCCGAGACCGGCAAAGUGGGCGUGCCGUCGGCUUUACAGAUGGCGACGCUCAACCAAGGUGGGAUUAUCUUACCCUCAAGGGAAGCCACUCUCCCCGGCGCCGCGGCAGUGAUACUAACCGCCCCUAUGCUGACAGCUUCCGGCUUGGCGAACAUUUCCAUUUCUUUACCCGCCAUGAUCAUGCAACCGUUAUCAGGACCGGAAGUCCGCGGUAAAGACAGUAGCCCGAGGACCAGAUCACCCCCGGAUCAUCACCAUCCGCUUUCUUCAGAAGCUUCACCCCGGCCAUCGCACACACAUUUUCUGAGCAAGGCGCCGUCGACUUCUCAAAAAAAUCAUUUCAAUUGGUCCCACGACCAAGCUCACAAAUCAAAAGACCACAGCUCGAUUAAGACGGAACGUUUUGACGAAGACCACCCACUGGAUCUGUCAAUCAACAGAAAAGAAAUCAAAACAGAAGACGGUAAGCCGUCUGCUGAGACUUUCCUCCAACCCGACAAAGACGGGGGUCAUCUAGAGCGGAGGAGGUCCCAGCGCUCCACCUCCCCGCUGGGGCUGGACAUUUCCCGUCGAGACCAAACCCAGUCUCCCCCGAGUCCGAUUCGCUCGUCUUUACUGACCCAAGAACAACUUCAUCUCCUGAGAGAAUCUUUGCCGGCCCAGCAUUACCUUAGAUCUGAUCACCUGACCCCCAUCACCGCCCCUCCCCAGCUCCUGCAGCACCCCUCACUCCUGGUCUCGACGGCCGGGUUCCUCCCCGCCCCCGGCCUCCCCCACCUGGCCAUGUCUCCACGCACCAAACCAGCGCCAAUCUCACCCUCCGGCCACCCCAACGGCAUCAGCAAAUGCGCCGACUGCAACAUCGUCUUCUAUAAACACGACAACUAUCUCAUACACAAAAAACAUUACUGCUCUGGAAAGAGGCGGCUGAGUAACACCCAGAUUUCAGUUGUCGACGCCCCUGUUGAGCCGGAAGCAAGAAAUCUCCCUGAAGCGAUUCCCAAGGAAGAACCAGUCUCAGAAACCAGCACCGACUCGCAAAAAUCGCACUCGUCUCCCAAACUUAAAGAGACCCCCGCGGUCUUAUCCCCGUCUAAACAUUCCAACGAGCUCAAAUACAAAUUUUAUUGCGUGCCGUGCAGAAUCAAAUUCAGCAACGCCAGCAUUCUCGAGGCCCACAAGGAAUAUUACUGCCCGGCUGGUAAAGACAGCGAGCAUUCUGUGAUACUUCACACCACCUCGGACUCAUCCUCUUUGAACUCUCCCAAAGAAGAACCGCAGCAGUCGUCUCCAGAUCCCCCUCUAGAGGAGUUCACGUGUUCCAGAUGCAACAACGUCUUCACCUCAGCCAGGCUUCUGCGACUUCACAUGUGCCACGAAGGUUUCCCGUGUCCGCAUUGUGAUCACGUGUCCAUCACGGACAACCGAUUGGCCGAGCACAUGAAGGUGCACGCGCCAACCAAAGCGUACAGGUGCACGAUCUGCGGUUACCGUGGCAACACGGCCAGGGGCAUGCGAAUGCACGGUAAAACUCACGUCGACGAGGGUCUAGACUUCACCGACGAGAACAUGCUGGAAUACCACGAGCCGGCGUUGGUUCCGGUCACCCAAAGCCCCCACCCUGGGGCCGCCACGGACACCGAACUCCUGAGACUGAAAAACGAACCGUACAAGCGGCGCCGGUCCAGAAAAGCGUACGAAAAAUUCGAUUUCCCUUUGCCGAAAGUGGACAUUCCCCAGACCUGUCCGCUGUGUGGACAAAAUUUCGCGAACUCGGAUUUCCUGGCCUCGCAUUACAAAGUCCACGAGAUAGCGGCCUCGCAGUACAUAGCGGGCCUCAUGCAUUGCCUCCACUGCGCUUACAUCGGUAAAAAUCCUGAUGAUCUGCGCUCACACUUCGAAGCCAACCACAGAGGGAAGAAUAAAAGAAGAAGGCUGUCGUCUGCCAGCACUGAGGAAGACCAACAGGGCGGAAGCAGCAGCAGUCCUGACCUGCGUCAAACGAAUCCAGAUUCUAACACGCAAGAACCGUCAAGUUCCAGAAGAAUGGUCUUGGAAGAUCCCAACUCACCGGAAGAGGAAGAAAAAUUUUCGUUUAGAAAAAGUUCAACAGAGUUAAGCUCUUCGAGUCAGCUUUUGAACAAGGUGAAAACAGAACCGAUGGAUGAAGACGAAGCUGAUGACUCCUCGAAACUUAAUCAUUUCCUGCAGAUGCCAAACCCUAGUCCGGAGUCGACGAAUUCGGACUCGGAGAGACAUUUUUCCAGUCAGUCUCCGUGUGAAAUCAAGCGUAGCGUCAGCACCCCGCUCAACGUCACGGACGACAACCAAUCGCAGGAGAACACGGAAGCGAUGGACACGGCCUCGUUUCAAGAACACGAACCAGGGGAGAUCAUCAACCAUUUUCACAUCAAAUCCGAAACUUCCGAGGAAUCCGUUUUCCGAAGCUGCAAGAAUUCCGUGACGGAAACCCGAUUAGAGGAGAAUAAUGCUUCGGCGUCAGCUCUAAAAUCGCCCAACUCUGACGGCAACCAUUACCCGCACGCUUUCAAGGGACAUCACUCUAGACUCAAUUUAAAACAAGAGCCAGCGGACCAUCUCAGUGAUUCCCCCCACCCUGCUUCACCCGAUGACAAACUUGAACCCCGGGUCCCUUCCAACUUUUUACUGAACUUCCCCCCACAACCGAACCCAACCACGCCCCAAAAACCCACACAACCAACCUUCCCCAAACUGGAGCCUCCUACAAGCGUAGUAACCCCUACCUCGUCGGUCUUCCCCUCUCCCUUGCCCUUCCCCUACGCUCCCCCGCACCUGGCUCUUCCAUAUUUCUUCCUCCCCUCCCACCACUCGCCCUCCCCUCCCACCAGCUCGAUGAAAACGGUUGUUCGUGAGGACAGAGCGACCAGUGGCCGGUACUGCCAAAACUGUGAUAUCUCUUUCUCCAAACAUUCAACGUAUCUGGCACACAAGAAAUAUUACUGCACUGCCCGCCCCAGGGGGGAGGCGCAACCAUCAGCCAAGGCAUAGAUGUGUGUGGAAAAUCUAAGCCAAACUUCCAUUCAC